CCCACUGUCUUCUUCGAUUCGAUUCGAUUCGAUUCGACCAGCAGCGCCGCCGCCGCCGGCAAGUCGGAUGGCGUCCGUCGGCGCGACGCUCGAGUCCCUCGUCGACCAGGUGAUCUCCGUCAUCACCAACGACGGACGCAACAUCGUGGGGACGCUGAGGGGGUUCGACCAGGCCACAAACAUCAUCCUUGACGAGUCACACGAGAGAGUCUACUCCACAAAGGAGGGAGUACAGCAGCUUGUUCUUGGGCUCUACAUUAUCAGAGGCGACAACAUAAGCGUGGUGGGCGAGGUGGACGAGGAUCUGGACGCGGCCCUGGACAUGUCCAAGCUGAGAGCGCAGCCGCUCAAGCCGGUGAUCCACUGAAAUUAAGCUGAUAUAUUGAUUCUGGUCGAGCAAGCUGAAACUGAUGAUGUUUCUGUGCCCUAGUACGUAGUAGGUUUGCCUGACAUAUCUUUACUAUUAGACUUUUGUGCGUGGAGGUUUUUCUUGUACGUACGAGAGAUAUGUAUGUGUAAUUAACGAAACGAAGUACUAGUAGGUAAUGCUGGAACCAUCCAUCUGUUGCUACA